UUGCGGCUGUAUAUAUGGAAUUGGGGGGCGCGUAGACUUUCUCACAUCACAGCAGAGCAUAGCAAAAUGCAGUUUUGUGCAUCCCCGACGCGUCCUGUGUUUUCGAGUUUUUGUUUUGGAUCCUUGGAAUCGCAAGCAGCCAGGGAGGGAGUUACGUUCUGCUUUCUGGACAUUUCUCAGGCGUCACGGGACUCUGUUUACGUUGGUGGUGGUGGUGGUGGUUCCAAGUUGUUGGCAAAGCUUUUUGGCCUCUCAUCGAAAUAUGGGCGUACAAGUCCAACAACAGUAACAAGGGGAAAGGCAGAGGCAGGGACUGAUGAGAGUGAUGGUGGUGAUGAGAUCAGGGUAUGCGUGAACAGGACUUGCAGGAGGCAAGGUUCAAUGCAAACCCUUGAGAUUCUCUCAGGCAUUGCGCCUCCUAAUGUCUCCGUCAAGUCUUGCGGUUGUCUGGGUCGUUGCGGCGCUGGCCCCAACCUCGUGGUUCUCCCUCAACCCACCUUCUUCGCUCACUGCGGGACUCCCGCUCGAGCUGCCCAUACCAUGUUCAUUCUGUUUGGUGGCCAUCCCGAUUCCUGGACUAACAGCUUGGCAGCCCUUGCAUUCAGGAAGAGAGCCGAGGAUGAGUUUCCAAGUAAUAAUAAUGCCUCCCACGCUGAACUUUUACUCUCCCAGGCUAUAAACCUUAAACCGGCUGGAGGUAUCCAUGGGCUGUAUAAAGACAGAUCUGCUGCGAGAUUGGUAUUGGGAAAUAUAUCUGAAGCUCUUGAAGAUGCUAAAGAAGCUUUAACUCUUGCUCCUAAAUAUCCCGAGGCUUACAUCUGCCAAGGUGAUGCUUUGAUGGCUCUGGACCAAUUUGAUGCAGCUGAGAAGUCCUAUGCAAUGGCUGUAGAUUUAGAUCCUUCCAUUUAUCGUUCCAAAAAAUUCAAGAUCCUGAAUGUGCUAGGCAAAAGAUUCAGCUGACUCAGAAGGAUGAGAAUCAGGAGGCAAAGAAAUGAGGUCAAUAGGAUGACGAGGAGACAAACUAUGGAUUAUCUCAGAUGGGCUCUUACCUAUUGACCUAUUGAUUAUUACCAUCUAAAAUCUCGUAAAAUAAGGCCAAAAUCUGGACAAGUAGAACAUUCAUUCGGUCACAUUUUCUAAAUUACUUAAAAAAAAUAAAUCUACACACUUAAAUGUUAAAUAUAUCUUAUAAAUAUGAAAUAUGUAAACCUGACUAUUUUUUGAACAUUCAUUCGGUCACAUUUUCCUUCUUUUUUUUAGAUAUUUAUUAUUAACCAUUCUUUAUAAAGAAACUAAACAAAGACAGAUUCUCAAUUUUCAAAUAACAAUAACAUAACAAUGAUGUUGAUAUUUGGACAAUAAGUAUGCAUAUCUUUCCAAGUAACAAUGAUCCAAUAAUAAGAAAGAUUUAAUUGGAAUCCUUUAUUAUAAAACCUAAACCACGUUAAAAGGUAUGUAUGUUUUUUAUUCAAAAAUGUUAUUUUCAACACCAACAUGGUGCUCAAGGACAAAAGUACUAUUGGAGGAACUCUACCCAUCUAGCAUGUCAAGCUCUUUUGAGCGUUAACAUACGUAAGUGCUUGAUGGUUGGAAAAUAAUACAAAUUCUUGAGGUAGAAGAUUAUACCGCAAAUGGUGUAGGGCCCAUACAACAAUGUAAAAUUCCUUAUUAUCUACUUAGCUUCAUUGAGUUUCUUGCUGUAAUACACAAUUGGAUGACCCUCUUGACUCAAGACACCCCCAAUUCCCACACCGAAGACAUCACAAGCAAUCUCAAAAGCUUUAGAAAAAAUUGCGUUCUCAAAAUUGGUGCUUCAUUCAUUUUCUUCUUAAUCUCAAUGAAGGCUCUAAGUGCAUUAGUCCAUUUGAACUUUCCUUAGCAAAUAACAAAAUCAUAGAUUGAUUUUUUUCAUUUUUCUUUUUUGUGGGAAACUUGUUUUUUUCUUUCUUUGUGUGGACUGCAUUUUCCUUUCCCCCCUUCUUAUUACUGUCUAAACAGUCAGUAACUUGGAGAUUUUAUUGACGAUAGCAGCCAGUUUAACA